UGUAAACAUCACCUUGUGACGUCCACUAAUUAUUAUAUCAUGUAUUCAGUGGUUACAUCACGGCUGCCACAGUCAGUGUAAUUUACCGUAAUUACCCGAGUGUGACGUCAUAGGCUGCAAACAGACUCUACUACAAAAAGCCCAGCGGAGUCAGUCCUGAGCACAUGCUCCCGGCUGCUCAGAUUAUGACAGAAGGGGAAAGAGUUUUAAAAAUAAAUUAUUUUUUUUAAAAACAGCACCUGUACAGAAAACAACUCGAGGAUAAGUUCAGGUUGCGAAACGCCGUUUUCUCGGCUCUGGUUGAGUUAGGAACUGUUUUAUAAAAGUUGGGAUUGUUCUCCGCGAACAUCAUCGUCUGCUCAUCUGAUUCUGAGACUAGGCGUUUUCCUACGGCUUAGAAAUGACGUCCAGGCAAAUUGUCGUGACGAUCCUGCUCAUGGCCUGUGUCCUCGCUCUUCACACCGAGGCCAAGAAGAAGACACUCUCCCAAAAACUGAACAAGGAAGUGAUUGGAAAAG